CACUCAUCUCUCGGACUAUAGUUCUAGAACCGCCACGGUAUUUUAGCUUCCGAGCAAACUUGCAGCCCUGAAGUCGACAACUCCAGCGUCGCCCGGCGCUAAGCGCGUGCGAGUAGCUGAUAUGCAGCCCAAAGGCCAAAGUCAGGGCCAGUCGCAAAGCCAAAGCCAGGUCAAACAGCAAGGGCUUGCUGACCCGGACUUGGACCUCGCGGAUUUUGACGACGCGGACGCAGGCUUUGAUGCGCCUCCUCAAUUCCAGGAGAAGCUCCUAGACGCUGAUUUCUUCAACCAGUUUCCUGACGAUUUCGACGAGAGCGACAUGGAGAUCCCAAAGUGAAUAGCGUGGGCGGCCUGUGGCAGCGUAUAAGGGCCCGGCCUGCGGAGCUGAUGCCAUUAUGAGCGGCGGCAGCAGCGUGGCGGCGACUUGUAGCACCACGCAACGUGUGCACACAAUGAAUGGCCGAUAGCGGAUGGCGCGGUUGGAGUAAGGGUUUGUUGUCUCAAGGCGCGGAAGUUUGCGGAGGGGGUGAUACAUCCGGUGCUUGGGUUUGCACACCGAUGCAAGGGGCUGCGGCUGAAGACACGGAUAAAGAGGGCUGGGCAAGGAGGAGGAUGUGGUGCACUGUAGGCCUCGACACGUCCCUGGUAGGCAUCAGCUGCGAAUAUGGCAUGGUUUGGUCAGAGAAGCUGGCCCAGGGAGCCCCGGUUUGCAUGUACUAGACGCGGAACCAGGUGUUCUUGUUUCGUAUCAGACGCGGUGUAUGGGGAGAGCAGUUGUUGGAAAGUCGCCGGUAUGGUCGACUGUCACUCACACUAGUUACACGGGUUACACCGAACGUUAGGCAAUGCAGGAAGUAGCGUGCCUAGGAAAGUGAGGAUGAACGGGCAAUGCAACAGGUGCUGCGGGCGCAAGUAGCCGGGGAAGUUGCAUGCGGACGUUGCGCGAUCUAGGCGGGAUAUAAGCCGGCGUUGGCACGCCGGACUUACACCAGUCUUAUUCUACCUUACUGGGUCAAUGUAACAGUAUAAGGAA